AUGAUCGUAUCAGGUUCCUUGGGUCUUCAAAUAGUACCAGAAAUAGAAGCAUGGCCACAACUGGAAGCAAUUUAUGUAUUUUGUGGUAACCAAUCGAUUCAUGAACAAUGGGCUAAAAAAAUAAGCAAGGUUAAGGGUGUAUACACAAAAAUAGAACCAAUUUGUCAAGCACUUGAAAUCGAUCGACAACGUUGUGAUCAAGCUAUGAUCCCGAUCAGCUUUAAUGGUCGUGAUGCAUUAUUUAUGUAUACACAACUUUUAAAAGAAGCACUUUUGGAAAUUGAAGAUGACGAUGUCAAAUCGAUUAAAGAUCUAGUAGAAUACUGUAGUCUGCAAAAUGAUGUUGAUGACGAUGAAAUACAAAAAGUGCAACGAGAAUACCGAAACCAUACACCAAUUUGGUGGUAUACGGCUCCUUAUUUCAUGUACUCAAUGCUCAAUCGGGGACUCCGAGAAAUGGAUGUUGACAUCAUCCUUAAAAUGGGCUUCUUCAUACGUCAUUUACAUCAACAUAUUACCGAACUACAUCGCGAACAAAAAACCAGCAUUCCAGCAAAAUUUCAAGUCUUCCGUGGGCAAGGUUUGUCCAUGGAAGAUUUUGAAAAACUGAAAACAACCAAAGGAGGACUUAUGUCCUUCAAUAAUUUUCUGUCAACAAGUCGAAAUCGCGAGAUUUCACUGGAAAAUUUUGCACGGCCAGCUACACAGAAUCCCACUUCAGUUGGUAUUCUCUUCGUUAUGACCAUUGACACGGCUAUCUGUACAAAAUCCUCAACACCAUUUGCUGAAGUAACUAACAAAGUUGGCUUCUAUGAAGACAAGGAGGAAGAAAUACUUUUUACAACACAUGCGAUUUUUCGUAUCGAUCGCAUUGAACGAAUUGAAGACAAGAAUGCUGAUCGCUUAUGGCAAGUUAAUCUCACUCUUGUGGGUAAUCAAGAUGAUGACUUUAACAAACUCACAUCAGCGCUGCGAAAAGAGUUCACUUGGGUAACAGGAUGGGCUCGGUUCGGUGAUAUACUCAUUAGUCUCGGAGAGUCUGGAAAAGCAGAACAUCUCUGUAAGAUACUCCUCGAAAAUGCAUCUACUGAUAAAGCGCGAUCAGAUUAUAAUCUUCAGCUUGGUAUGGUGUAUAACAACACAGGUGAGUACUCGAAAGCACUUUUACAUUACGAAAAGGCACUUGAUAUCGACCAGAGGGCUCUUCCACCAAAUCAUCCCGACUUGUCUUCUGACUACAACAACAUCGGCUUGGUGUAUUAUUACAUGGGCGAGUACUCGAAAGCACUUUCAUCGUACGAAAGAUCACUUGAAAUCCGUAAAAUAGCUCUCCCUCCGAAUCAUCCCGACUUGGCUUCUUCCUACGACGGUAUCGGGUUGGUGUAUGAUAACAUGGGCGAAUACUCAAAAGCACUUUCAUCGCACGAACGAUCACUUGAAAUCCGAAAAAUAGCUCUCCCUUCGAAUCAUCCCGACUUGGCUAGUUCCUACAACAACAUCGGCGAAGUGUAUAGAAACAUGGGCGAGUACUCAGAAGCACUUUCAUUGUACGAAAGAUCACUUGAAAUCCGUAAAAUAGCUCUCCCUCCGAAUCAUCGCGACUUGGCUUCUUCCUACGAAGGUAUCGGGUUGGUGUAUGAUAACAUGGGCGAGUACUCAAAAGCACUUUCAUCGCACGAACGAUCACUUGAAAUCCGUAAAAUCGCUCUCCCUGCGAAUCAUCCCGACUUGGCUUCCUCCUACAACAACAUCGGAGAAGUUUAUAACCACAUGAGUCAGUGCUCGAAAGCGCUUCCCUUCUUUGAGCGAGCACUCGAUAUUCUGGAAUUGACUCUACCUGCGAGCCAUCCCGAUUUGGCAUAUCCGUAUAACAACAUUGGUUUGGUUCAUAAAAACAUGGGUGAUUACACAAAAGCACUUUCCUUUCUACAAAAAGCAUUUGAUCUCCGCUGAUCUGGAAUCGAUCAGAUCGGAAGAGCGUCUUGUGAGUCACAAAAUAACAUUGACCGAGUGAAAAACAAAAUGUAAUUUUUUUUUUAUAUAAACAGAAAAUAAAAUGGCCUUCUUCGAAGUUGGCUCGCUGAAGAGCAGCAGUUGCAACAUUUCGCGCACGCAUGAGCAGACAUAUCCUCCGUAUCCUGCUGACUCGUACAGUGGACAAAGCCGGCAAUGGUUAGGCAAACAUACAUCGAUGUAUGUAUAAAUAGUACGUCCAUGAUCAUCAUCUUCGAAAAGACGAUGACGAAAUGGACGCUUCUAUUCAUACACACAUUGAUGUAUGCUAUGAAGGCCUACCAUCUGCACGCCUGCACAGGUCACCAACAGAACGUCGGAUAUCCCUGGGAAGGUUCAUUUGUUUAGAGCCACCCUCAAAAGCUCCAUUGCUUAGAAAAUUAUUUUUAUUCGUCUGUUACGAAGAACAAGACGAAGUAGAAACGGAAGAAAUAAAUGGUAUGAAAACGGAAAGAUGCGAUAAAAGACGACGUCGACGUUACGGAAUGAUAAUACGCAGCGCAUGAUAACA